CAGCCAGGCCUGCCCCCGAGAAUCCUGCACUUUGUGGGGGACCCAAGACCGCGCCCUUGGGGCCUCCUGUCUGAGAAGGAAAUCUACCCCCUCUUUCCCUCAGGGGGCCCCAAGGUCUGAGGGGUCCCAGGGCUCCAUGUUCAGAGAAUCCUCUGUCUGAGGAAAUAUUCCUUCUUGUCCUUAAGGGGUCCCAAGAGCAAUGGGGCCUCAAGGAUACAGCCUUAGAGAGUCCCCUAUCUGAGGAGAUACUUUCCUUGUCCUAAAGGGGGUCCCAUCCUCGGGGAACCCCUUCUCUGAAAAGGAGACACCCCCCCUUCCUCAAGGAGCCCCACCAUUUGAGGAUCCAAGGGCAUCUCUUUAAGGAGCACUCUAUUAUGAGAGACAGGUCCUGCCUGCCCUCAAAGAGCCUAAUGAUCAGAGGAGGGCUCAGGACCUCCCCUCCCUUCUCAAGGAGAUCCUUUGUUAUGAGAGGAAGAUAUACCUCCUAUCCUUAAGGGACCCCAAGAACUGAGAGAGAACCAAGGCCCUGCUCUCAGAGAGCCCCUUAUCUGGAGAGGAAACACAGCCCUGCCUGUCCUCAAGGGGUUUCAUGAUCUGAGGGGGACUGAGGACCCCCACCCUCAAGAAGAUCCCUGGUAUGAUGGGAAGAAACACUCCUGCCUAUCCUCAAGGGUUCCACCCCUAUCUGAAGGACACCCAGGGUGCUUCCCUCAGUGAUCCCUCUGUCUAAAAGAGAGACACAACCCUGCCUGGCUUCUCUAGGUCUCUGAUCUGGGGGGGACCCAGGGUCUGUCAAGGGGACACUGUUAUGAGGAAAAGAUAACAACCCUUCCUAUCCUUAAGGGGCCUCAGAUCUAUGGGAGACUCAGAGGUAUAGCAUCAAGCAUAGACAUACUCCUGCUUUUCUUCAGGGAGUAAAGGGUUCAUAGAAAAUUCAAGGACUUGUCCUCACAGGGGGAACAGGCUUGAACUGUCCUCAAGGAGUCCUAUAGUCCAAAGGACUUUAUGGACUCAAGGCUCUACCUCAUGGAACCCCCAACCUAAGCUUCCUUAGAUACAACCUAGCCCAAAGUCAAGAGUCCUUUUGUCUCUGGAAGACUCAGGGUCUUGCCCUCAAAGAGCCCCCUGUCUGAAGUGGGUAGACAGCUCUCCCUGACCCUAAUCAUUGAGGACCCAGGACUUUGCCCUCAGGGAAUUCCCUGCCUGAGGAGGAGACAAAGCACGGCUUAUACUUAAGAAGCCCCAAGAUCUGAAAAGAUAAAAGAUUCUGCCCUUAGGGAGUCCUUUGGCCUAUCCCUCUGGAAGAUCCCUGGUUUGUCUCCUGCCUAUUCUCAAAGAGUCCCUGGUCUUUGAGGAACUCAGAAAUAUGUUCUCAGGGAGCCCCCUAUCUGAUAGGAAGACAUACCCUUACCUGUCUUCAUGGAAUUUCUGUUCUAUGGAGGGUCCUACUCCACCCUCAGGGAGCCCCUGCUCUAAAGAGUAGACACAAUACUGCCAGUUCAAGGGAGGAAAGCCAAGACAUAGAGAUGAAAAAAAGUAUUAAAACAGAUUAUAUAGUACCAAAUAAAUAUAGAUAUAGUGUUAAGACAUUUCGCUUUUUGCAAUGGAAAAGACUGCAAAUCAGAGUUGUGUUAUGUAAUAUCACAUGCCAAUUUUGCCCCAUUGGUUGUCUCUACAUACUUAUGUCUCAUGUCUCCUUCAGACACUCCCUGGCUAUGGAGGUCUCUGACUAAGCCCUGAAGCUAACCUGGAUCUCUUGUCCUAGGACAAACUAGAGUUGGGUACUGAAGAACAGGUAUGGUAGGAGUUGUCAGAGGAGGGUUGAGGAACGGAUUCUACAAAGGCACAAUACCAGCAUUAGGAUGUGGAGAGGACAGAGGUCAGGGAUGAGACCAUCCUAGCUGGGGCGGCUCCUGGCCACCCUACUUUCCAGGUCCUACGGAAAGGAAAAGGCGCGGUUUCUGCUCUCCCAGGCCUAUGGCAUCGUUUGGAAAGCUGUGGAUCGGAGGACAGGAGAAAUUGUGGCCAUUAAGAAGAUCUUUGAUGCCUUCAGGAAUAAGACAGAUGCACAGAGAACGUUCCGAGAAAUCAUGUUUCUUCAGUUGGAACAUUGUGUUCAGUUCUGGAUACCACAUUUUCAAAGCAUGUUGACAAAUUGGAGCACAUCCAAAAAAGGGCAACUAGAAUGGUGAAGAGGCAGCAAAUCCUGUCAUUUCAGCAGCAGCUAAAGGAAUGAGAAUGUUUAGCCUGUAAAAGAAAAGGAGUUUGAUAAUCAUCCCAACAUCAUCCGUCUUUUGAAUGUCAUCAGAGCAGAAAAUGACAGGGACAUUUACCUAGUAUUUGAAUCCAUGGACACAGACCUGCAUUCUGUCAUCCGGAAAGGGAACCUGCUGAAGGAUAUUCACAAGUGUUACAUCCUUUACCAACUUCUACGUGCGACCAAGUUCAUUCACUCGGGGAAUGUCAUCCACAGAGACCAAAAGCCCUCCAAUGUUCUUCUGGAUGCUGACUGUUGUGUGAAACUCUGUGACUUUGGCCUUGCACGUUCCCUGAGUCAACUUCAUGAGGAACCAGGGAACCCAGCCCUGACAGAAUAUGUGGCCACACGCUGGUACCGAGCCCCAGAAAUCCUCUUAUCUUCACACCGGUACACACAGGGUGUGGACAUGUGGAGCUUGGGCUGUAUCCUAGGGGAGAUGCUGCUUGGGAGACCUUUGUUCCCAGGAACUUCUACCCUUAACCAGCUUGAGCUGAUCCUUGCAGCCAUCCCAGCCCCAAACAAAGAAGACUUCCUGACCUUUGGUUCAGACUACAGUGCCUCUGUUCUCCACCGAAUGGGGCCCAGGCAGCUACUGACCCUGGGCUCCCGCCUGCCACCAUCUACCCCUCCUGAGGCCCUGGAUCUGUUAGAAAGACUCCUGGUGUUUGACCCUGAGAAGCGACUGACUGCAGAUGAGGCUCUAAGGCACCCUUAUGUGAAAAGGUUCCAUUGUCCAGCCAAGGAACCAGCCCUGGACUAUGAAGUGACCCUGCCUGUGGAUGACGGUGUGCAGCUCUCUGUGAUGGAGUAUCGUAACCGGCUCUACAGGAUGAUCCUGGAGCGAAAAUCAAACAAUCGGCAUCAAAGGUUGGAAAUUCAGAAAGAAGGCCUGGGGGACCUCCCCAGGGCAAGCUCUUUGCCCCUACCCUCCCAGAAGGAUCCCUAUCUGCAGAAUUCUGCCUCUGAUCCAACCCAGGCCCCAGGGGAACUGCGACCCCCUGGCCUGAGAGAACUUCGUUCAAAAAUUUCUGGAUCCAGACCACAAAGUGAACCCUCUCCCUUCCAUGACACCCUUGGUCCCCGGCAGGGGUCAGCACCCUCUAUCCGGCCACAACAUCGAGGUUUCACAGGGAAGAGGGGACAAUCAUUUUGGGGUGAUGCUCGCAGUCUCACUGGCACCCCUGGGGAGAGGCCAGGCCUCAGAUGGGCCCCCUCUACCCCCUCUCUCACUGCCCAAGCAGCAGCUGCAGUGACCAACCAGGCCCUGACACGAAAGGACAGUCCCCUGGCAGGUGUGAUGACUACCACAAGCACCAGGCUGGUCCCUCGUCUGCCCCCUGGCCAAGCUCAGGAUAUUCGAACUCCCCUGCGGCCCACAAAAAGGAUGUUCCAGUCCUUUGGCUCCCAGGGGACGUUAGGGGGAGCUAGGGCCUCCCUAGGAGGCUAUUCUCAAGCCUAUGGAACCAUCUGGAGGUCAGCCCUGUAUGGCCUACCCCUCACUUACUCUUCCUUAAGUCCCCUCCCCAAUGUACCUCCAUCCUGAUUCCCUUCCAGACAGCCUAAUCUUUUCCCCUCUGUACUUGCAACUCCUGACUAUUCCCUAUUUGCUCCCCCCCAGAUAUUCCCAGCCUGCCUUAUCCCAUGGAUUUCCCUCACUUGAUCUCUGAUAUCCCAAACCUCUUACUGAAGCUUCUUCACUCAGACACUCCCUGCAAAUAGGAUCCCUCCUCUGAGUCUUCCUCCCUGACUUACAUGAUGGGGUCUCUAGCUUGGGGAAUGUUUGGCUUCAGCCAGGAGUCUGUCCCUUUUACCCUUCCCAUACACACCAAAAUUUACUUUCAAUAAAGUUUCUGAUUUUC